GGCGGGGGAAUCAGUUUCUCGCUUGACUAUAUAAACAAAUCAUGGCUCUAGUUUGUGCAAUCUGCAAUGAGGUGCCAGACCAGCCGGUGGUGUCGCCUCUCUCCGGCGCCGUGUUUGAGCGCCGGUUAUUGGAGAAAUACAUCGCUGAGAAUGGCACCGACCCGAUAACCAACAAGGAACUCACACUUGACCAGCUUAUUGACCUCAAGGUGCCUGCCGUGGCCAAGCCCAAGCCGCCAAGUGCCACCAGCAUCCCGGCCAUCCUCAAGGCACUGCAGGAUGAGUGGGACGCCGUCAUGCUGCACUCCUUCACCCUCCGCCAGCAGCUGCAGACCGCCCGCCAAGAGUUAAGCCACGCACUGUACCAGCACGAUGCAGCCACACGUGUCAUCGCCCGUCUCAACAAGGAGGUGACAGCCGCCCGAGAGGCCCUGGCCACACUCAAGCCCCAGGCCGGCAUUGCUCCAGCCGCCCCAGCAGGACCAACCAUUGCGGCAACAGCAGAGGCAGGUGGAGCAGCAGAUGUGCCCAGUGAGGGAGCAGGGCUGACAGAGGAGGUGGUGGCCCGCCUGCAGGACACAGCCACCAUCCUCACACAGGAGCGUAAGAGGCGUGGCCGCACCGUUCCUGAGGGACUAACCCCGGCAGAGCAGAUCAGAGGCUUCACCACCCUGGCCUCUCAUCCGGGCUUGCACAGUGCAUCAGUGCCUGGCAUCCUGGCCCUUGACGUGCACCAGAAGGACACCAGCAAGAUUGUGACCGGCGGCAGUGACAAGAAUGCCACAGUCUUCAACAAGGACACAGAGCAGGUUGUUGCCAUCCUGAAGGGCCACACCAAGAAAGUGUCCUGUGUUGUGUACCAUCCCACUGAGGACACUGUCAUCACUGCUUCCCCAGACACACAGAUUCGUGUGUGGAACGUUGGAACUUCCCAGACUCUGCAACUGAUUCGUGCUCAUGAUGGCCCAGUCACCGGCCUGUCCCUGCACGCCACAGGGGACUACCUGCUGUCUGCCUCCCGUGACCACAACUGGGCCUUCUCGGACAUCAGGACUGGACGGGUGCUAUGCAAGGUUAGUGACACGUCGGCCAGCUCCCCCCUCACAGCUGCACAGUUCCACCCUGACGGUCUUAUUCUGGGCACUGGCACACAGGAUGCCACCAUCAAGAUCUGGGACCUCAAGGAACGCUCAAAUGUCGCCAACUUCCCGGGCCACAGUGGUGCCAUCAGCUCAAUCGCCUUCAGUGAGAAUGGAUACUACCUGGCCACUGCUGCUGAGGACUCCACCGUGAGGCUUUGGGAUCUGCGCAAACUCAAGAACUUCAGGACCAUUCAGCUGGACGAGGGAUAUGAAGUAAUGGACUUGAGCUUUGACCAGUCUGGCACAUAUCUGGCUGUCGCUGGCACGGAUGUGAGAGUGUACCUGUGCAAGCAGUGGAAUGACCUUAGGGUGUUCAAUGACCACACCGCCAUGGCCACAGGUGUCCGGUUUGGCUCCAACGCUUCCUACCUUGCCUCCACAUCCAUGGACCGAACCCUCAAGAUAUAUGGGCCUUAGAAACCCUUCCUUGUAACUUUUACCUUAGGAGGAACUGUUACAGCUCACUGGCUCAUGUUUGUCUCCUUUUGUGGGAGUGCAAGGGAAAUACAAACUACCAUUCAGAAAUAGGAGGGUGUAAGAUUAAGUAAUGGGAUAUUUUUAGGCAUUGUUGCAGCUCAGUGCCUCAGGUUUGUCUCCUCUGGCAGUGUGGAUAUUGUAGCCUCCUCUUGUGGCAGUGAAGGUACAGCAGUGAAAUAUGAACUGCCACUUGGUAAUUCAAGGCUGUAAGAUAAAGUAAAAGGACAUCAAUAGGACAAUUUGCACUGCCACAGACCAGAGAUGUAUCAUGCCCUUUAUGUCACCUGUUUCCUCUGUACACAUUUUAUUGCAGUGACUUGAAAGCUUUGUGUAUGUUCUUUGCUGUUUUUAGUUGGGUGUUUUCAGUCCAGCUUUCUUAUUUCAAAUGCAGUCUAGCUUUUUUGUAAUUUGCAGGAAGGAGUAAAGUUUUUUUUUUAUUAUUAUUUUUUUUAUAGUAAGGUUCAGUCAUGAGUAUUUUAUGAAGGGGAACUGUGUGUGAGUGUGUUUGUGUGUGUCUGUUUGUGUGUGUGUGUCUCUAGAGGAGCCUUUCAAUUCUUUCGUGACAAUGUUUAGUUUUUAAGAGUGUAAACUGCACACUGAUGAUUGUGAAGGUGGUGGUGAGUUGAUAGAGUGGACUAAACUUUCAGUAUGUGUGUGUGUGUGUGUGUGUGUGUGUGUGUGUGUGUGUGUGUGUGUGUGUGUGUGUGUAAUUACCUUGUAGUAUUCAGGAUUUGACUCAAGUUUGUAUGUAUGCAAGUGUGUGUGUGCGUGCGUGUGCUUAUGCCUCACCACAUCACCUUAUCCUCUAUAGACACACACGUUUUGAUGCUGAUAGUGUGUGUGCGUGCGUGUGUGUGGCGACAAGAACACAAGAUAACAUGAACACAGCUCGCAUUUUGAUAAUUCCUCACAUAUCACUGAUGUCAAAGAGAAUGAUUUACAGGACAGUUCAAGUUUUCUUUUGUGUGUGUAUUGACCACAACUCUUGCCAGGACUUGAAUGUAUAGAUUUAUGUUACCAUGACUAUACUCCCAUUAAACAGUAUCAAGGAUCUGUUAUGAGUAUUGCUAGGUACAAAAUUGUGCUGCGUAUAGAUGACACCUCUCAGUGGAGCCAGUGGAACUAAUGAUGUGUGGAGUAAUGCAAGUGGUGAUACUGUUCUGUGGAGCUGUGGUGAAAUGUCAAGAGGGAAGUGUACAAGGUGUUCUAUGGUGUCCACUUAACCUGUGUAGUUUAGCAUUAAGUAUUUUAAGAGCACUUGACGAUCGCUCACCCCAGAGAUGCUUAAGCUGGGUUACCUAAGAUUGCACACAUAGAUAAGUAGGUAGACACACAGAUAGAUAGUUAUAAAGAUAGAUAGAUAGCCAGAGACACAUAGAUAGUUUGACUGACGAAUAGAUAAGUUAACUAGCAUAACCUAACCCAUUCUAAGUGUUCCUGGGUGUCUGAUCCUCUGUGUUCUAUAUUUUGUGUUAAUAUGUCACUCGAUGAUCCUAGGUGUAUUGAACUGAAGUAAAAGUGUAAGU